AUGAUGUUCCCUGGUGAGCUCAAUACAAACUCCAGGGCUAAUCCGCCUGUUCCAGUUUUUCCAUUGAGGUCCACGGCUCUGAGUUCACAAUAUUCGCCAUAUUCGACUUCAAGAUUUCAAGAGAUACAGCAAAAAUGCAAUUUAAAAUGUACUUGGAAAUGCAGUUUUUUACUGUUGGUAUUUGUGACCUUUGUGAUCACAACAUUUCUUAUUUAUUCGAUGGCGGUGAAGAAAUCAUGUACAGACACGAGAGAAAAAUGUGUUUUUAUGGAAAAAGCGCGGGACAUCGCCAUGGAUUUAGAAAACCCAUUAAAACUCACUACUGAAGUACCACCGUUGAGCACUACUACUGUUGCAAAUAUAUCAAAAAAACUUAGCAACGACGAGCCUCCAGAUGAUCGAAAUGAUUUGCACCGACAGUAUACAAGGUAUCAAUGGCCUUCGGUUUUGGAAAUAACCAGUUUCAGUACUCCGUACAGUUCCAACGUAUAUCCGUACCAUUUUUGGAACUUGGAGUUUCACAACAAGCAACCAGUGUUCAUGAGACUUAACCUGACGUUACCAUGGGGAGCCAAUUUCGCGGUGUAUGGUCGACGGAACGUAGCGCCCAGCAUAACGCAACACGAUUUUUCGGAGUUUAUCAAAGGAGGCAGAUUAGACAACAGGCUCAGUCGCAGAUCAGCCGAUUUGACUGAAAAGGAUCCGAUGGUCGUUAAUGUAACUCUAAUCCAGUAUUUGGACACGGGUCGAUGGUUUUUGUCGAUUUACAAUGACGACCUUCGACCGCACACGGUAGUGCUCAAGAUUGCAGAAGCUGAAGACGUUUCGACGACCUGUCCCAACGAAUGUUCCGGGCACGGUUCUUGUUACCUCGGAAAGUGUGACUGCAUUGAUGGAUACCAAGGGAAUGACUGUUCUAAAAGCGUUUGUCCGAUGUUAUGUUCUAAUCACGGGAAAUAUGGUGGAGGUCUUUGCCAUUGCGAAGAAGGUUGGAAGGGUACUGAAUGUGACAUCCCAGAAACGGAUUGUAGAGUGGCCGACUGUUCCGGGCACGGUGUUUGUAAAAAUGGUAAAUGCCAAUGUCAACAGGGAUGGAAAGGGGAUGACUGUAAUGAAGUGGACUGUAUGGAUAAGAGUUGUUCAGGACACGGAAUAUGCGUGUCCGGCAAAUGUUAUUGCAAGGCUGGAUGGCAGGGCGAAGACUGUUCACUGAUGAACAAACAAGUGUUUCAAUGUCUUCCCCGUUGCUCGGAUCACGGUGCGUACGACUUGGAAACGGGAGUUUGUGUUUGCAAUCAAUUUUGGACUGGGCCGGAUUGUUCACAAGCAUUAUGCAAUCUUAACUGUGGGGCGCACGGCAAAUGCGAUCAAGGUAAAUGUGAAUGUGAUGUCGGGUGGACAGGUGAUAAAUGUGACCAACUUCCUUGUGACGAAAGAUGUUUAGAACACGGACAAUGUAGAAACGGAACAUGUGUGUGCUCUAGAGGAUGGAAUGGCAAACAUUGCACUUUUCAGGGUUGCAAUAACGGUUGCGGUAAUCAUGGUAAUUGCGUUUUGGCUAAUAAUAUGUACAGUUGUGUUUGUGACGAUGGAUGGGAAGGGGAAAGUUGUUCCGUUCGCCUGGAAAUGGAAUGCAGUGACGAAAUCGACAAUGAUCAAGAUGGCAUGACUGAUUGUUCGGACAGUGAAUGCUGUAGUUCUCCCUCUUGUGCCGAGCACAUAAUGUGCUUAGCGUCCAAUGAUCCGCUCGAUGUAUUACUAAGGAAACAACCACCGUCGGUGACUGCUUCGUUUUAUCAAAGGGUGAAAUUUUUGGUAGAAGAGCACAGUGUCCAGAGCUAUGCGCAUUUGGACGAAUACAGCGAGAGUGACUUUUGGAACUCCUUUACACCUGGACGCGUAUCCGUAGUGCGGGGCCAAGUGUUAUCGCCACAAGGGUUAGGAAUUAUAGGCAUUCGGGUGUCUGUGGACCGAGAUUCAAGAUUUGGAUUUACGCUAACCAGAACUGGUGGAUGGUUCGACGUGAUGGUCAACGGUGGCGAAGCGGUGACCCUCCAGUUCCAACGUAGCCCGUUUAGGCCUCAGACCAAAACGUUAUACGUACCCUGGAACCAGAUCGUAUCUUUACCGCCGAUAAAAAUGACCAUAAACGAUGACAUGGAUUCGUUCAAGGAACCUCCGAUGGACACCAACGGUUUAUACGAACAAAACAUGUACAAUGUAACACCGUGCGUUCAUCAUAAGGAAAGUCCACAGAUCAUAUCCACAUGGUUGCCAGAGAAAAUCGGAGGAAUGCCUGGAAAAAGUGUUAUAUUCGCUGAAACGCAGUUACUUCAAGAAAGUAUUGGUAUUCCUGGUUCAAAUCUGAACCUAAUAUACAGAAGCAGUUGGGCAACUGGGUAUUAUUCGUAUUUAAUUAUUCAUCUCACUCAAUCUGAUAUAUCACCUCAAUUGAAAGUCGUGCAUAUCUCAGUUGAAAUUGAAGGCUCUAUUUACAAUCAUGUACUUGAAGCGGAUCCCAACUUAAAGUACACGUUUACUUGGGAUAAACGAAAUGUUUAUAAACAAAAGGUGUAUGGAAUCGCGAAAGCUAAAGUGUUAAUUGGUUACGAGUAUAAGACUUGUAAUCAAAUAGUGUGGGAAGUACAGAUGGCUGUUCUACAGGGUUUUGACGUGGACAUAUCAGACAUAGGUGGAUGGAGCUUAGAUGUGCAUCAUCAUUAUAACUUCCACGAAGGAAUUUUACAAAAAGGCGACGGCUCGAUUCUGUAUUUCAAGCAUCAGUAUCCUCACACGUUACACGUCGUCACAGGCACAGGUAUGCAAAGGCCGUUGAACUGCAAAGACUGUAACGGAAUCGCCAAAGACACAAGACUGUUAUCGCCUAUAGCAUUAGCCAGCGGUCCUGAUGGCAGUCUCUAUGUCGGAGACUUCAAUCUCAUUAGAAAACUAACGGCAGAAGGAAACGUGUUCACAGUAUUACAGCUCAGCGCCACUCAAGUGUCAUAUCAAUACUAUUUAUGUUUAUCUCCCACCGACGGACAUUUGUACGUUUCCGAUCCGGAAAAACAUCAAAUACUUCGGGUGUCAAAUACCAACUCGGUAGUGGAUCCUACAAUCAAUUAUGAAGUAUACGUUGGUUCCGGAGAACGAUGUAUACCAGGUGAUCAAAGUAGCUGUGGUGAUGGAGGACCUGCAAUCAAAGCAAAACUAUCAAAUCCUAAAGGCAUUGCAAUAUCUUCUGACGGAACUAUGUACUUAGCUGAUGGAACUAAUAUUAGAGUGAUAAAUCGUCAUGGUAUAAUUCAUACACUAAUAGGGCAUCAUAAACAUAAUAAUAUUUGGCAACCAAUGCCUUGUAAAAUUGCUGUACCCACGUCACAAGUACAACUUCAAUGGCCUACAAAUUUAGCACUAAAUCCUUUGGACGAAAGUUUGCACAUCACCGACGAUAGAGUGGUUUUAAAGGUGACGAACGAUCACCGUGUCAAAAUCAUAGCGGGCUCACCAUUGCAUUGUUACUCGGGUAACGAAGUGGACAAGGGUGGCAAAAAGCCUACUAUACAUGAAAACCAAGAAGUAAUGACAGAGUCUUUGAAAGCUACUCAGACAUCUCUUGGUACGAUUCUAGGCAUAACUUUCAGUCCGUAUGGUGAUUUAUACAUUGCUCAAAGUGAUUCUCGAAAAGUCAACACUAUUAAGGUGGUCAAUUCAGCUGGAUACAUAUCACACUUUGCUGGUUACCAACUAGCACAAAAUACUCAAAAGCAAUGCGACUGUGACAGCUCCAACGCAACAUGUCAAUGCGGAAACGGGUCUAGAGAACAUCUUUUAUCUAUAACUGCUAAAUUUACAACAAUAUCAGCUAUUAUAGCAUCUCCGGACGGAGUGCUUAAUAUUGCGGAUCAGGGCAACCUUCACAUUCUUGCACUAAAACCCUAUUUGCCAUCACACGAUUUGAACGGUGAGUACCAAAUACCGUAUCCGGCAACCGGAGAGAUUUACAUUUUCAAUAGAUAUGGGCAGCAUACAGCUACUCAUGAUUUAAUGACUGGAAAAGUACGGUACACGUUCUUGUAUUCAAAGAAUACAAGUUUUGGAAAACUAUCUACUGUGACGGAUAGUUCAGGAAAUAAAAUGCUAUUUUUGAGAGACUAUAGCAAUGUGGUGAGCGCUAUAGAAAAUUCACAAGAUUAUAAAUCAGAACUUGUGAUAUCCGGUGCGGGCAAUCUCAUUAAAUUUUCGGAAAAAGGUAGAUCAGAAAUCACAUUUAAUUACGAUAGUACCACUGGACUUCUAACGAGUCGUUCUGAUUCUACUGCAGAGGGUGGAUCACUAUUUAUUUACAACUAUGACAAAUUGGGUCGACUUACUGACGUUGUGCUUCCGACGGGUGAAGUUUUCGAACUUUCAUCUCACAUAUCAAUGGAAGACGACGGUUUCGAAGUUAACGUACUCACACCUUUGCACAACCCUAUCAGUAUGAUUUCGUUAGAUGGACAUAGAGAUCACAUUGUUAUUAAAAUGGAAGGAAAUGAUUACAAAAAGCUAAUAGUUAAAAAUAGUGCUUCCGCUAUUAGCGAAGCGAUUAGUUUUAAAAACGGUUCAUUCAUAUUCCGCUCCAGAUCUGGAGAGGUGGUACAAUGUUUUGCGGAAUCGAAGCAUCCCAUAUUAGAACUAUCUCUGCCCGUAGAAGCUGAAAUGUUACCGGUUUUCAAUAGACAGGUGUCAUCUAGAGGUACAUUGUCAAAUACAGUAUUGUGGACAUAUUCCCUCGUCGGUGACGCGGGUUCUACCAAAUUCAUUAUUAGAAGAAAAUUGACUAUCAAUAAUAGUUCUGUCCUCAUGAUUGACUAUAAUCAGUACUCGCAAGUAGAGACCAUUUAUAGCAGUGAUAAGCCUUCAACACCAUUGCUUAGCAUUACGUAUAGCCAAAGUGGAUUGCCUCUAUCUUGGACGAUCGGUCAUUCGAAACAUUAUGUUAAUAUUACAUACGACAGGUUCAAUCGUUUGGAAUCAUGGAGAUGGGGUGCGAUACAUGAACAGUACAAAUACACCCAUCACGGUUUGUGCAUAGAAAAGCUGUUGAGCCACAGAGGUCCUAUAAAAUAUGUUUACAACAGUUGGAACAAGAUAUCCGAAAUCGAACUCCCCACGAAUCGAAAGUUUGGAUAUUUGUACGACGAAUCUGGUGGUUUGAAAAAUAUAAUUUUGCCUUCCGGAACCAAACAUUCGUUUUCGUCUCAAACAUCAUUGGGUUUCAUACGGUACACAUACACUCCACCUGGAUCGACCCGAGCAUAUUUACAACAUUACAGUUACACCGGAGCACUACUCCAAACGGUGUAUCCUGGAGAUGGAGCUCGAGUUCUGUACAGAUAUCGCAGUUCCGGUCAAUUGUCUCAGGUGGUGCAUGGGGACGGUAUUACGAAAGUGAAAUAUUAUCCACACACACAACUGCCCAGUCAAGUGUUGAACAUUGAAACGGAUUUUGAAUACCGUUGGGACUAUCAAUACAACGAUGGAUUGCUGAUCGAGGAGAGAAUUGAUUAUGGUCCUAAGACUGGACUCAGUAACGCCAAAAUUACUUACGAGUACGACGAUAACUUCAGAGUGGUUAUGAUUGAAGGCCGGAUUGGUGGUCAGAGCUUACAAGAAUACCAUAUUGAGUAUAGUCCGAUUACAGGAAACAAGAAGUUGCUUGGUCAAUUUGAGUUGAGUGCGAAUGGGAACAUAACAAGGCUUAGCGAUGGAACUGCUAUAUUCAAUCGGGUUUCGAACGAUUAUUUCCAAGUGACACACGUGUCGGUCACAAUACAUCAGAUGGAAGUAUUCCGUAUGGAAUUUAUGUACGAUUUGGACAGCCGGAUCAUACAAUCGCGUACAUAUACACAUAACGUAGGCGUCAACACUUAUACGAUAGUUAAGAAUUACACGUUUGACGCCGACGGUCAGUUGCAGUCGGUAGAGGCACAGGAACCAUGGGAAUUCAAGUAUGAUCAGAACGGAAACAUGUUGACCAUGACGUACAGGGGAAACAAGAUUCCUAUGGAGCACAGUGUUAUGGACCGAAUAGAAAAAUUCGGAGAAGGUCUUUACCGGUAUAAUAACCGGGGUUUGGUUGUGCAAAAUGCUAGAGAAGAAAAAUUUCAAUACAAUUCUAAAGGCCUCUUGAUACGAGCGAUAAAAAGAGGUCGGUUUGACGUGCGAUACUUCUAUGACCAUCUCAAUAGACUAAGCACUCGAAAAGAUAACUAUGGAAAUGUCACUCAAUUCUUUUAUACCAAUCACAAAAACCCGAACGAAGUCAGUAACAUAUUUAGUCCGAGAGAUGGAAAGCUUAUGUCAUUGACAUAUGAUGACAGAGGAUUUUUAAUAUAUGCUCAAGUGCAUCGGCAUAAGUAUUACGUGGCCACUGAUCACUGCGGAACGCCCGUUAUGAUCUUCAAUCAAUACGGAGAAGGCAUUCGAGAAAUUAUGAGAUCUCCAUACGGACACAUCGUUUAUGAUUCAAACCCGUAUUUAUAUUUGCCAAUUGAUUUUUGUGGUGGACUAUUAGACCAGGUAACAUCAUUAGUACACAUGCCAAACGGAAAAGUCUAUGAUCCGCUCGUUGGACAAUGGAUGUCACCUCAAUGGGAAGGUAUGCUGACUCGAGCAACAGAGCCUCAGCAAUUGCAUUUAUAUAGGUUCAAUGGCAACGAUCCAAUUAAUGUGAUUCCCACUCGCCAGUAUCUCAAAGAUGAAAAUUAUUGGUUGUCUUUGGUCGGUUACGACCUGAAGCUGCUCAUGCCUCAAAUGCCGCAAUCGAUAUCGACAUUUCCGUCAUUGUUGCCAUCGAUGUCGGCCAGUCUCGGUGACAUGCCGCUGGACAUCACGUCCGUUUACUUCAACCAUCUGACCAAGUUGCUAACCAAGAGGAAGCUCACGUCGCUACCGGAGUCCAAGACGCACGCGGAUCCCGUGAUCAAUUCGUUUAAGGACCGGCCCGAGUAUUUUGACCCGAUGUGGAUGACGUUCUACAUGAACGACGUGGAGGAGAACGCGAACCGAGGACCGCAGGCACACGGCGUCCAGCCGGGCGCGUCCCUGGCACCGUUGUUCGGCAACGGUAUCCACUUAUCCAGAUCGGUCGACGGCCGAGUGAUUGUGCACGGCGUGUCCACCGCCAAUCCCAUUUACAAGGACGUGUUCACUUCGGUGUUCAACGACACGUUUCUGUUGCCAUUCAGCUUGGUGGUACACGGUGCCCAGCAAGACGCUUAUUACUUUGUCAAAAAAGACAUCUGGCACGCCAACGAGGACAAGGCGCAGCUCAAGAGAUUCGGCUCGCAAAUGAACACCACUUUCCACGAAAAAGAAUCGGACAACAAUUCAGGAAAGAUGGUAGACGUGCGGAUACACUGCGCGGACACGGUGAUGAAUUUGCGGUACGGUACGACUCUGGAGCAUGAGAAGCAGCGGCUGCUGCACCACGCGAAGACAUCGGUGAUGAGAAAAGCCUGGCACAGGGAGAGGGAUCUCCUGCGACUGGGACUGCCGACCAACAAGGAUUGGUCGGCGGCCGAAAUCGAUGAGAUUCUCAAGUCGGGUAACGCGAACGGUUUCGACGGCGAGUACAUUCGAGACACCGAGAGGUAUCCAGAGCUAUGCGACGACCCGUACAACAUACGGUUCGUCAAGACAAACUAA